CGGAGCAGAGCGCAGAGCAGCACACUCCGUUCAUCCUCCAGCAGCGCUGCUGCUCUCAGCCUGCAUCUUUCUGGAACAUUCAGCAGUUUUAUCCACUGAAAUGAUAAUGAUAAAUAUGAAAUAAUAAUAGUCAGUCGUUGGGUACGGGUGCUUUUCAUUUCCCCGUGUUGUGAUUUUCUCUCCUGUUUGUUUCCCUCGCCGAUCAGUCUGUGGAAUGGUCUGCGUUUGCUCUCCUGGGUCGUUUCCACUUCAGCAUGGGAACUGCGGUGUCCAAAAGGAAGAAUCUGAGGAGUGAUGCGAUAUCUUCCGUGGCCGCAAAAGUUCGAGCAGCCCGAGCAUUCGGAGAAUACCUUUCCAAUACCAAUCCGGAGAACCGCAACGGAGCAGAUCAUCUCUUGUCUGACACCUUCCCCGGACAGGACUGCGACUCUCCAGACGUCAGCCGCUUGCAUAACAACAAUCUGCCACCACGGAGCCGCUGUUUGCCCAUUGCUAAACCCAACCAGUCCAGCCAAUCCAACCCCAGUGCUCAUCUACAGUCUCAGCCUCAGGCCAACACCCUCCAGGCUCAGGCACCUUUGGGCCCCUCCAAACGUCGACUCUCUGUUGAGCGCAGCCUCUCCUCAGAGGACCCACCACGUGCCAGAGAACCAGAGCAGAGCGCGGUGGUGAAGCCGGCCAGGGUGUACACAAUCACCAGGGAAGGAGGGAUGACCCUGGGGGGCCGUGGCAGUGAGGAGAGCCUGGAGCUGGAGGUGCUGAAGGGCACCAGGGAGCAGCUUCUGUCCCAGGCCCCUGCCUCUGGCAACCACAACCCGUCCUGCACCACCCAGCCAUCCGCCACAGCCGCCCGUGGUAGCCAUCACCGUAGUAGCCAUCACCGCAGCAACAAUCACCAUGCCCACCCGCAUCACGGAGGCUUGACAUCAUCGUCGCAGCCGCUGCAGAGCUCAGGGAGUGCCAACAACAUCCGGGACUGGGGGAUGAGGAGAGGGGGGUCGCGGGACGACUACACCCCAGACUGCGUGGCCUGCAUUCGGGCUCCGUGUCAGAGCCAGCGCUCCCUGGACAUGGAGACCUCACCGCGAGAUGGAGGAAAGCAUCGCAAGAAACUGGAGAGGAUGUACAGCGAGGACAGAGCGUCUACUGAUGACAGGGAGGACAAUCCUAAUAGCUGGUUCCCCAAAGAGAAUAUGUUCAGCUUUCAGACAGCCACCACCACCAUGCAGGCAAUAUCAAAUUUCCGCAAACACCUUAGGAUGGUGGGCAGCCGCAGGAUGAAGGUCCAGACCUUUGUCGACCGUCGAGCCAAGAGUUUCAGCCGCUCGUGGAGUGACCCCACCCCCGUCAAGCCUGACUCACUCCAGAGACAUGACUCCAGAGACAGUGGCGAGCUUCAGACUUCCUCAGGGACACUAGAUGAAGGGCUGGAUGAGGAUGCUGACUGGGAGGAGGAGAGGGAGAUGGAGAGAGUGGCCUGUGAAGGGGAGGACUUCAUCCCACCCAAAAUCAUGUUGAUAUCCUCCAAGGUCCCAAAGGCAGAAUAUGUUCCCAACAUAAUUCGUAGGGACGACUCCUCCAUCAUCCCCAUUCUCUAUGACCAUGAACAUGCCACGUUUGAUGACAUCCUUGAGGAGAUAGAGAAGAAGCUGACUGCCUACAGAAAAGGCUGUAAAAUCUGGAAUAUGCUCAUUUUCUGUCAGGGAGGUCCAGGACAUCUGUACUUGCUGAAGAAUAAAGUUGCCACCUUUGCCAAGGUGGAGAAGGAGGAAGACAUGAUCCAGUUCUGGCGGCGGCUCAGCAGGCUGAUGAGUAAGCUGAACCCGGAGCCCAACCUCAUACACAUCAUGGGCUGCUAUGUGCUGGGGAGCGCUAAUGGAGAAAAGCUGAUUCAGACUCUGAAGAGGCUGAUGAGACCCUCCUCGGUCGAAUUCAAGUCCCCACUAGAGCUGUCUGCACAGGGCAAAGAGAUGAUCGAGAUGUACUUUGACUUCCGCCUCUUCCGCCUGUGGAAAAGCCGUCAGCACUCGAAGCUUCUGGACUACGACGACCUCUUGUGACUUGGCCCACCUUCUGUUGGCUUGUCGGCCAGUUAUCUCAUGUCUGAGCCUACUGUACGGUGAUAGGGCGUUUGGUUGAAGGGCCACCAAGAGGCUCCUAGACCAGCUCUGUGGCAGAGCUGAAGCAGCAGCGCAGUUGGGUCUUUUUAUAUCCUUCUGAAGCGACAGGGUGGCACAGUAGAUUCAGCCAGUGGUGUACUUUUUCUCCCUUAUCCAUUUUCACUUUCUGCCAAUCUCUCUGAGAAAAGAGAAAGAGAGGGACAUGAAAAAGGAGGAGAAGUGAGGAACUCAUCAUCCUAGCCUAAAUGUGUCAGAAGACGCUAACUAGAGUUAGAUUUCUGAGUACAGUACAGUAAAAGAGUGACAGCAAAGAACAGAAACAACUCGUGCUUUCUGAUUUUGGAGGGAGACAAAUUUUUCUUUUUUCUUGCCUUUAGCCAACCUAUCUGCUCUUUUAAGAUGGAGGCUUUUAAAGAUGGAAGUAUUUUCUUUGUCAGGUCUGGAAGUUAUUCCCAACGGGAUUAGAGCAUUAUGUAAAUAAACAAGUGCUUACUGGAGCAUUAGAGAAUAGAAUUACAGCAUCUCUCUCCAUGCUAUCAUGUGAAAAUCUAGACAUUUAAUUAGUCUUAUUUAAAAUUAGAGUUGUCUAUUUAACACAGCUUUUUUAAAACUUCAAAUAAAUGUAUUAGUAUUUCGUAUUUUGUAUUUACUCAGGUUAAAUCCCUUGUUUGAUACUAAGAAUUGUACUCAACAUACUGUAGAUGAGAAUCUAAGGCCUUCAUACUCCUCACACAGUCAUCUUCUGUGGAACGUUAUGACCAUCAGGGAACGUGUGUGUGAACGGCGGAGGUUUUCUACAUUUUCAUAGUCUUUCAAGUCAACUGUAGCGGAACAGACAGAUGUCUCCAUGCAUGUUUUAUAGCAUUACACUUGACCCUGCUGAGCCAACACUAGCUAUUCUUUCUUGAGCUGUUGGUUCGCAUGAGCUGAUCCUCUUUAGUGUGUUUGUAUUGCAUUUGUGUCCAUAACUUACUUGCAUUUUGUCACUCUGUAAAGAGGUUGCAGGUGGAGACUAUGACACUAGACUCUUUGCCCCUCGGCAGUGUCUUUAUAAGAAGUAGACAAAAAUACAUACUGAUAACAUGCUUACUGUAUAUACAAUUUAUUUCAACAUUUAAUUUACUCACAUUUUUUUAAGUAAAUUAGAAUUUCUUAUUUAAGAUUUAACUUGAAUCACUCAAAGUAGCAAUGGAGUGGUAGAGGUGAUUUAGAGUCAUUUUUGUUUCUCCUCACCACUAAAUUGUUGUUGAUUGAACAUAAUGUUAUGUUUUGUAAUAUACAGGCCUUGCCAUAUCCAUUUCUGGUAUUGAUAUCCAUUUUAAAACAUCAGGAACUUUUCACUAGAGUUGAAAUGAAAUGUAUUUUUUAAGGCACACUACAGUGAAAAUAAAUCAUCAAAAUCUGUUCAGAGGCCAAGAUUCCCUGGCUUUUAAUUCCUACUAUGGACAUUUCUAUAAAGCAACUGGAUAACAUCUAUUUAUUCCUCUCCCUGCCUGGUACAACUUUUGUGACACAUGCUUUUUGUUAAAAACGCUGAAGCCUGAGCUGAGAAACCCUGAUGACAUCAUCUUGAUCAUCAGUUUUACACUCUGUCCUCCAUUAUAUCAGACUUGGACUAGUGUAACCCAUUUUACAACAAAGACCAGUAUUGAUGCUGCAUUUUUAGCCUAAUCUGUAUUUAUUAAAAAUUAGUUCUAUUUUUUUUAAAGGAAGGGCUUAGAAAGAAAUACUCAAUAAAAGGUAAAUAAGUAACUGCUGCAUUACAUACCUAAUUACUUCAAACUAACUGUAAAAGUUUUGGGGGAGAGUGGCGUUUUAAAGCUUAUUUCAAAUUAGGAACAGUCUAAUUAUUGGUAUCUGUAGUGUCAGAUAGGAUGAGAGACAUUUACACUGCUCCAUCUUAAGCUUGUGCUGAGGUGGCCAGUGUGUGUGGUUCCUGAACUUAUAUCUUUCUGCAGAUUGAAUGUCCUCACAAAAAUAGGACAGAUUGAGGAGAAUCGACCAAAAGUGGAGACUUGGCUUUAGCACAUUUUUUAAUAGAAGUUAAGGAAUUAUUCGGGGGAGAGAUUUAAAGUAUAUUAACACAAUAUGUGUCAUUCACCACGUAUGCUUCGUGACUAUCAAGUUUCCUUGCACAUGUAAAGUGUGUGUUGUGACCAUGGCUGACUGAGUCCUUUCAAUGCUUUUAUGUGUACAUACAUGUUUUGUGUUGUUAUUGCUUCCUGCAUGCAAGUCAACUGAGCUGGAAGAAGUGUACAUUGCACUUGAGUGUUUUGAGUAGCUCUCAGCUAGCAGGAACAGGAUGGGGAGUUGAGAUGCCAAUACUAUUCAUCUCAAGUACCCAUGGACAUAGGGGCUCUAUAAAGAUUUGGUCCAAAAUGGGACAUUUAGCCAUUUGAAAUAUCUCCUUAUUGCCAAUGAGGAUGUAAAACGUGCUAUUAUAUAUUAAGGAAGCUAGUAACUGUCGAGCACUGUUCAGAGUACACACAAUGGUGUAACUGCUUUAUAGAGAUCGCUGCUUUGGAAAAGUGUCAAAUGAGAGGUGAAACUGUUUUAUCCAAAAUGGCUGAAUAGCUUUUUGAAAUGAAGCCCUUUAAGCAGAUGAAGGGCAAAUGAGCUAUUUUUUGAUUUGCAUCAGCAACAUUGAUACUGCCCUUUGCAUCAUCUGGCUCCUAUUAUGGGGAACCAGUGGGCUAAUAUUUUUUUUUUCUAUAUUUAAAUGAUUAAUGUAUUACUGUAAAUUAUGAUUCAUGUGUGUCCUAGUGUUGCAUAAAAUACUUAAUGCUACAUUCAUGCUGCUAUGAACUUAUCAUUAUGCCACAAAGUAGCACAUGUCACUCAAAGUAGUAGUAGUUGUGAAAAUUUAGUAUAAUUACUUACUUAUCAACUAAGACCAUAGUGGUUUACGAUGGUCAUCAAUGAUACUGCUGCCAUGGGUUCAAUUAGUUAACAACAUGCUAACUGACCCCUAUAGCAGCACAGGUUUUAGCGCUUUAAAAAUAGCCCUCUCCUCCUGGUUUGUGAGAUAAAGUAAACAUAUAUAUUUAUAAGUAUAAUUCAGUAUUUCACCCAGCAUUUAUUUCUUUUAUUUUUUUCUGUGCAGGCAAUGCAGUUGGCUAUUAUUUAGACUCAGCCAUUAUUUGAAUACUGGCUUUCAUUUGAAACAUCACGUUAUUUUAUAUUAAUUUCACACCAUUUCGUAUGGCCAGCUGGUGCUGCCAUCCUUGUCAGUCUUGCUUGUUGACAGUUGUUAAACCAACUUCAAAAUGAAUGUAAAGUCCAUUCAUGUAACCACAGAACACUUCGACACUUCAUUUUCCUUUGCAUUGCAGUCAAAAGGCUUACAUGUCUCAAACAUUAUGUCCUGACUGCUUUGGAUUUCUCAUGUGAGAGUGAACCUUAUGGCCUUUGCUGUGUGCUCAGAUAUCUCUUUGCUUAAAUGUAGGAUCUGACCUUUGUAAUUGUCGUACAUUUUUGAUUUUGCUUCAUGAUGAAAUGUAUUUCUGUAUGUGUAUGUUUCAACAUCUCCUACUCUCCAAAUACUUCUCCUGUAGCAAUAUACUGUGUAGGAAUAUUUCUGUAUGGUUAUUUAAAUUUGUAUAAUAUACAAGAUAGGGGACAUUGUUCAAAGUAUUGUAUUAGUUUGUAAUACCUAUGGAUUUACAGUAGUACUGUGGAUGAUGGACAGAAACAAAUUGAUAUAUGUGUAGAAGACUGAUCCUUUAUACUACUACUACUUUCUACUGGAGUACAGUCUAACACUAAUCAUGCUCAUAGAAGAUUCCUCUGCUUUCUCCUCUGCUGUGAGUUUAAAUAAACACCAAAUCCCAGAGCCUAAUUACUAAUUACCUAGUAUGCUCAAACACAAAGCGCCACUAGUAACAUGAAGAAAGAGCUCAAGCAGUGUAAACUGUAUGACAGCAACUCAUAAGCUGUACAUUUGCACUGGCUGAAGUAGUAAAGCAGAUAACUUGAUGCAAAAGAAGACAAAAUUAGCUGAUAGUUCCUGUUUGCUUUUGAGGAGCUCAUUCUGAAAUGCAGGUUGGUGCUUUAUGAUGUCCUGCUAGGGAAAACAUAACUUAGUCUUUUAUCACCUCAGCCAGUACCUUUUAUGGUUCUAUUUUCACAUUGAUGUAAAGUGCACAAUGUUCUUUAUGCUCCCUAACUCAACCAAACCCAAGGCACACCUCUCAUACAUACAUACAUGAUUUAGGUGUAUUUACACCUGACACUUCAGCAACAUACAGUGUCCUGGAUAUGGUACUGCUUGAGCUGGAAUUCCUUUUUUUAUAUCAGUUUUAAAUGUGGAUGGUCUAAUUAUAUUAUAUAUAUAUAUCACCUCAUUAGUUAUGGGUAAAAUGUUAGCACAUACAUUUUAUACAUCUAGCACACACAGAGCAACAUUAGCACUAAUUUGUUUUUGACAACCUUGUUUUUGCUCUGUUUUGGUCGUCACCAACUCCUGAGGAAAAUAUCUGACUCUAGCGACUUUUUAAUGUGGAGCAUCUAGCUUGCUGGGCAUAUAUGGGUUAAUCAGAGCUUUUUUGAGCUGGUAGCUUUGUCCAGGAACUGGGCUGAUUAGAGUGGAAUCUGGGGGUAGCUAAACCAAAACAGCUAAAAGAGGCUCAAAACCUCCACAUAGCUGAGAGGAAUCACAGCUGGGAGAUACUUCUUUCUGGGUUUGUAACUAUGAGAAACCUCCUUCACAACACACAAUGUGAUUUGAUCCAUUGUUGAUAUGAAAAAUACGGAUUUUUGCAGCUUUAAGCUCAAAACAGAUCACUACUGAACAUACAGUAUCAGCAUUGGAGAAAGCAGACCUCACCUAACAAUGUUUUUCGUAACAUUAAAAGGAGUUGAGCAGGGAUAACUUCAGAGUCACAAAAGGACAGUCUUGGCAAUCUAUUUUUGGGUGCUGGCAUCUUUGAGACAGCAGUCAAACCUCAGAAAGCAGAAGUUUGGACUUUCGUAUCAGGACAAAUCCAUUACACUGGAGUUGACCAACAAACAGUUUGUGCUGGCUCACUCGAUCAGCCAUUUCCAUUUCCUGAGAGCAUAAUUACACAAAUCAAGAGACUGAUCUUCGAACAUCCCAGUCCUUGUUAUUUUCCAAAUGAAACUGCGUGUCACCAUUGAGAAGACAUAUCCACUCAGUUCAAAUUAGCAUUGUUGUGACCUCCCCGCUGCUCUUGCUGGUUACCAUGAAGAUUGCCAGGGCUCAGUAGGGAGUGUGAUUGAGGAUGAUGGAUUGAUGCUGCUUUGAUUGCCCUGACACCUCCAGUCGGGCUGUGAUUGUAUUUUGGGAAGAAUAGAAAAUAAUGUGUUUAUGUAACGUCUGUUUCACUUUGCAUCAACUUCUAAGUGAUAUAACUGAGCAUUACAUUUAGGAAUAGCUUUCUUAGACUAACAUGCAGUAGAGACUGUAGGAGUGAUGUUACAAUAUGGUUUAAAAACAGGUUUAUCAUCCGUAUGUCUUGAUGAAGAAAUGUUUAUUAUGAAAGGUAUAAUAUAUUAGCAUUACUGUAUCUGAUGAUUUUGAUACUAGUAAAAGUUAAUAUAUCUGGGUAGUUUCCCUGAGCUUUUGGAUUCUUCCUUAGAAUAAACAUUAGAGAUGGAACUUUAAUCCAAGAUGGCAACUUAUUGUAUCUGAACUACUAGCAAAGAAAUGUUGUUGCAUUGCACAAUGUUGGUAAUAACCUGUGAGAAAAAAAAAGUUUUUCCCCCAGUAAACCUUAGUUCUACACA